AUGGAAGCUACGGGGGGGUUGCAACAAGGACGAUCAAAUCUCGAUUUUAUUGUGGAUUUCAGGAAGCUACACUCUAAUUCUGCAUCUCAUGCCGCGCUUUCUACAGACCAAGAUCGAUAUGGCCUUCCUCAGUCGAAAUAUACAUACAUAUCAAAAGAGAUUAUUGCUAAGAUCUGUCAGAGCAUUUGUUGUAUGCUCAGAAAUGAUACUGUCCUGAACGCUCUCCUCACAGAUACGUCUACAUCGAACCUUAUCAAACGACCAACCGAGUCAUGGUUCAAAGUACUCAACGGAAGCUUGGAUUUUCAUUUCAAAAUUACAGCUGCUAUUGCUGUUUAUUGCGCUAGUCGUGUAGGUUCGCUGGUUCAGGAGCUGCAUCCUGUUUCAUUGCAACACGAUGUUUUUGGAAGCGCCCUGAUCAACGCCAUCAAGCUCGGGAAACUAAAAAUUGUCAAGAAACUGAUCACAUACCUCCGAAGUUCUCCAAUCACAGAGGCGCAUGGAGAUACUCUGGUCAAAAAUCCAUUAAAAGAAUUUCCUAUUUACGAAGCAAUUCAAACGUCGAUUAAGUACAGUAGAGAUGACGUUCUACUCAUGCUCGCAAAGUUAAUACACCGCAAAUUUAGCGGACUUCAGCUGCGGAUGUCGAGUCCGUCAGGCAUUUGGUCCAUAUUCGCAAUGGUAUUCUGA